AUGGCUUUAGAUUGGCAAAAUCCUAACUACUUCCUUAACCAAUCUUACCCUUUUCACCAAUUUCAUUUCCAAGAUCCUAACAACAUUCUUUCACCACCUACUGAAACAGAGCUCCUCUGUUUUGAUCCUCUGCCUCCUUCGCUUUUCGACUUCGAUGAACCCCUGUUUGAUCCCAUCCCUUUACAACAGCUUGAUUUCAACUAUGAUUGCAACAUUCAUAACUGCAAUAACAACUUCUCCCCAUUCUCAUAUGUCGAUUUCCAGCCUCCAGUGAUCGUGCCGGCCGAGGAAAUUCUCUCAUUCGAGGAUAAUGAUUAUUACCCCUCUCAAUUCACUACCCCUUUUUACAAGAAACAGAGGGUUUCAGCUCAUCUCCCCUGUUUCAAUGAAUCCUACAUUCCUGAAGCUCUCGCGGUGCCGGAGUAUAGUGUUGAUUAUGUGAAUGAUAAUUUCAACAAUUCCCACAAUUAUGGUUACUGUUGCAAUGGAAAUGAGGGUGGAGCUAAUUUUAAUGAAGGGUGUGGGAGUAAUGGAAAUAAGGCGAAGGCGGUAUCGGCUCAGAGUAAGGCAGCUAGAGAAAGGAGGAGGAAGAUCACUGAGAAAACUCAGGAAUUAGGGAAGUUGAUUCCUGGAGGUAAUAAGAUGAAUACUGCUGAAAUGUUUCAAGCUGCUGCUAAAUAUGUCAAGUUUAUGCAAGCUCAAAUGGGAAUUCUUCAGUCUAUCAAAACAUUACAACAGGUAAUUUUCGAUAAUGACAAAAAGGCCAAUUUAAGCAACCUUCCAAUUUUGUCAUCAAGUAUAGUUCAAGAGAAGCUAUAUGCAAAGGAGCAGUGUUUAGUUCCCUUGGAACUUCUUCCAAUACUUGAAGAACAUUGUGAUGAUUAUGAGGCAGAUCCAUCAAUUAAACAGCAAAUCGAGGAUCUUCUCCACUAACAAUGUUGUUAAUUAUACGAUGUUGUUUUAGAAGUCCAACAUAUGUUGCAUAUAUGCCAAUUCUAAUUUUAGUCACUAAUCACCUAAUAGGCUAAUAUGUAUUCUUUGCAUAUUGAUUCCCUAGAUUAGUUUUUGUUUAUAUGCUAAUAUUUUUUGUUGGUCAUCGCACAGGGUGUGUUUUUACUACUCCAUCAGUUAUUUGUUUAUUAAUUAGGGUUGUUGUAGGUAAAACCGUUGAAAUUAGGAAUUGUUUUAGAAUUUGUUAUCAUAUAUUUGUGGUUGUAGCCUUGUAGUUGUAUUUGUUUAACUCGUAUUAAAU